AUGCAGGCGUUGCAAUGGAUCCUCACAACACCAGUAUCUGUGUCCAUGAGUCGCCCAGCAGUACAGCUCAUCCCAUUCUUGGGGGAUGAGAAGGCAUUCAACAAACCGCGCACUUGCAUUUGCGAGAAACCAGAGUGUGCCACUAUAUCUUCCCGAUUCAGGGCCCUUGGAGACAUCAGAGGUACCUAUGUUAGGACUCCUUCUGGCAAUAAGCUCAAGAAAAUGAACAAGGCGGAGCGUUUUAGGCGUCACCUUUGCCCGCAAAAGACUCUUCGAGACGUCAUGACGAUCGAUAACAGAGGCAAGAAAAAAGAAGCUGCCGCUACGGUCAGAACAAGACGGCAAACGGAACAAGACGAUGGGCUGCCCGGGCGCCAAAUUAAAUUUGUUUCCUGGCAUCACCUAGACCCCUGGUACAUUUCGCAGCAUGGUCUCGAUGUAAAAGGAAACAACUAUCCACUCUCCAAGACAAGCGACGAUUUACAAGAUGUGGAGAAGAACUCUCAGCUGCAAGUGGUGACGGAAGAGGUUGUCGCUGCCAUCCCCAGAACAUCACGCCGAGUAAGCCCAGCAAACAAAACCGAUGGAUCACCAUCACCCGAGACAAUUGCGGAAAUGAUGAAAGAUCACGCCAAACUCAAGGAGAAGACUCAGGUAUUGGAAGAUACAAUCCGUUUCCUCAACGAAGCUCAAGGACCAAUCUUACAACAGUAG